CAUCGUUCUGCACAACUCAGCCGCACCAGAAGCCAGAUGCAUUUCAGACAGAUCAGUUGCUAUUCGGCAACUCGUGUGAGUUAACACGGUCGAAGUGGGGUCGUUGUCGUUCGCGGAUCGAUCCCGCUGGUUCCGACGGAGUUGCUUCGCGAUGAAGAACGAAAAGAUGUUUCACGAGAGGAGUCUCUUGGUGCAGUCGCUGAAAAUUGCAAGUAAUUUGGACCGGAAGAAAUCGCUGUCGACGUCGAUCAUUCCUAGCCAGAAUCGGAACUAUCUGUGCGUCCCGCUAUUGCACAAUGGGCUGCAUCCGCAAAAAGUGUUGGAGGAACCGAAAUCCAUCGAAUACGAGGCCAUUCUCGUCCACUCGCAUAUUCAGAAAACUUCAACGUAUCAAGCGAUCUCGCGCAGCCUGUCACAAUCUACGAUAACAAUACCGGAGAACUACAGUUUCACUUCGGUGCAAAUUCAGUUGUACAGGCGCAGAUGGGUUCUGCUGGCCCUGGGGAUGUUGAGCAUUGCGAUCUCCCAAGUGCAGUGGAUACAGUACAGUAUUGUGUCGAACGUUAUUCAAAAGUACUACGGGGUGCCAUCUGCGUGGGUCGAUUGGACGUCUAUGGUUUUCAUGGUGGUGUACAUAGUAUGUGUGUUUCCUAUUACUUACAUCAUGGAUGUACGAAAUCUGAGGCAAACUGCCGUCAUAGGCUCGGUGGGGACCGCCAUUGGAGCGUGGAUCAAAGUGUUCUCCGUUGGUCGCAAUCAGUUCCAGAUGGUAAUGCUGGGUCAAACGGUGACAGCAUUUUCGCAGGUGUUUCUGAUGAGCAUACCGUCCAGAUUGGCGUCAUCGUGGUUCUCGCCCGACGAGGCGUCCUCGGUGUGCGCUUUCGGAGUGUUUGCGGGGCAGCUUGGUAUAGCUAUAGGAUUUUUUUUCGCUCCCAUCGUGAUUCGAUCUAGCGAAGAUUUUGCCGAAGUGGGUGUGAAUCUAAAAAUCUUCCUUAUGGCAGUGGCAGGGAUAUCAACAAUGAUCGCGUGUAUGGUGAUUGCGGUGUUCAAGUCGGCUCCUCAGUUCGCGCCUAGUCACGUGCAAGCUCUUCAGCGAACGAUGAAACCGAGGAUGCGAGACUAUUGGCCAUCAGUGAUUCGAUUGAUGCAAAAUGACAACUACUUAAUUUUGGUGGUUGCUUACGGAAUCAACUGCGGAAUAUUCAACGCAUUUUCUACGCUGCUGAACCAAAUUGUCCUAAAUUAUUUUCCAAAUGGCGAGGCCGAUGCCGGCCGAAUCGGUUUGGCGCUGAUCCUGUUGGGCUUACUGGGAUCGAUGGUGUUCGGCUAUCUCCUGGAUAGCAUGCACAAAUACAAAGCGACUGCUAUAUGGGCCUGUCGCUUAUCGGCGCUGACUUUAUUUAUCUUUUCACUUGCUCUGGAAACACGAUCAAAAAAGCUCGUUUCGGUGGCAUCGGUAUUUCUUGGCUUCUUCAUGACAGGAUUUCAACCAAUCGGGUAUGAGUUUGCAGCGGAGCUGACCUUUCCUGAACCGGACGGACCAGUUUCAGGCAUCAUGAACAUCUCGACUCAAGUAUUCGGAAUCGUCAUCACUUUGUUCAUAUCCGGUAUUCAGCAAAUGGUUGGCGACUUAUUCGGAAACAUAAUUUUUGCGGCAUUUUUGAUAAUAGAUGCAAAUGUCAUCACGCUCAUUAAGUCCGAGCUGCGGCGGUUAAACACGCAUCGACAAAUUGAGAACCAUGCUGCCCAAGAGCACGCCGAUGAAGCAAUCACUCACUUUGAUGACGACGGAGCCCAGGAGGACGCACCCCUAACGCUAAGGAUAGACAGUAGGAAUGGUGGCGGUAGUAGGUGAUGCGCAAUAGAGAAGAUCGGAUCGUAGUUUAUAAGGUGAGACUGGUGCGUAUGAAAAAAAGAGUGCAAAUGAGAUAAGGUUAUUUGUUCCUCUGAUGGAAGUUAGAAUAGAGUAUGAAUCAUAUCGGUGCCAACGAUAUCUCGAUCAAGGGAAGGACAUUUUGUUACUAAGAAUAAAGUAUAAAUCAAGCGUGUAGAGCCGACUGGAAUUAGACACAGUGUAGUGACGUCAAGAAAUAUAGGUCGUGUGUUUGUGUGUGCUAUUUAUUGAUAUUUGAAGAUGAUAAAUAAACGCAUCACUUCUCA